AUAAUUAUGAGCCAAGCCUUGACCACGUAGGAUUGGAGGUACAGCACGGGAAGUAUUGCGUCACAGCACGGCCGCUUACACGCACUGGUGCUUCAUGUGGGUGUGGGAGCAACUUUAGGAAACAAAGUGUCCAUCGCUUCAAAAGUAUCACACAAUUGUACUUGUUCUCCGUUGGUUUAAUAUUUUCGAAAAAGCUUUUAAAAUCCGACGAGAUCAACAGACGUUCGGGUCACUGUCCUGGUCCUCGUUCAGCUUUCAGUAUGUCCGAUGGGGACUAUGAUUACCUCAUCAAGUUCCUCGCACUGGGGGACUCUGGGGUGGGAAAGACCAGCUUCCUAUAUCAGUACACGGAUGGCAAAUUCAACUCUAAAUUCAUCACGACAGUGGGAAUAGACUUCAGAGAAAAACGAGUGGUGUACAAAUCCAACGGUCCUGAUGGCACAGCCGGGAGAGGUCAGAGGAUCCACAUUCAGCUGUGGGAUACGGCCGGACAGGAGAGAUUCCGGAGUCUGACCACAGCGUUCUUCAGGGAUGCCAUGGGCUUCCUGUUGCUCUUUGACCUCACGAACGAGCAGAGCUUUCUUAAUGUGCGGAACUGGAUGAGUCAGCUGCAGACGCAUGCGUACUGCGAGAAUCCCGACAUUGUCUUGUGUGGAAACAAAUCAGACCUGGGGGACCAGCGUGCCGUGAAAGCAGACAAUGCACGAGAACUGGCUGAAAAAUAUGGUGUCCCAUACUUUGAGACAAGCGCUGCGAACGGUGAGAAUGUGAGCCAUGCCGUGGAGGUUCUGCUGGAUUUGAUCAUGAAGCGCAUGGAGAGAUGUGUGGACAAAUCCUGGAUACCAGACGGAACGGUUCGAACCAACGGUCACAGCACCAGCGACCUGGCAGAGCCGCGGGACACAGACCAGAGCAAGUGUGCCUGCUAAUGCCACGUUCCUGCCACUUUACAGUAAUAAUCCUCCCUGUGUGGUCUUUGCUUCAAGAUGCAGUGAAGGCUCAAUAAUCUUUUUCAUUAUUCAUAUUCAUUUUGGUUUAAUUCACUGGCUGUAGAGGAUCAGAGACCCUGCGCUGCAUUAAACCUGGGGUUGCCACAUCCUCACUUAGUUUUUCUCAGAAUGAAUGGAUUAAAGCCACCUAGAUUAUCAAGGCUGGUACUUUAGGCUGGUUACCAGUCUCCACAUUUUGAGAGCACUUUACAACAAAUCUUUCAUUCAGAACCCUUAAUGCAUCAGACUAGAUGUGUAUCAAGGGCUUGAUUUCUAUCGCUGUUCCUUUCACUGUUAAAACUAAAUCUGGACUAUUGCAUGCAGUGGACAUCAGUGCAUUUCUCUGAUUCCAACACUGUGACACAGUGGUUAGAAAAUGAGGUUUGUGAUUUCUAAAUGAAAACCUCACAUCUUAAAAUCACUGAAAUAUAAACACAUUUAAAAUAUAUAUUUAAAAAAAAAGGUUCAAAAUGACAGUUCUGUCAUUAUUAUCUCACCUCCCAUGUUAUUUGAAACCUGACUUUUUUUUAAUGAAAAAUAAAAACAUUUGAAGUUAAAAUGAUGAGGGUGAGUAAAUUAUGACACGAUUGUCUUUUUUUUGGUGAACCUGGUUUCAACUUGGUUUGGUAAAAAUAAUUUGUGCUGGUUGUCCCUCUCUAGUGGACUGAUGAUGAAUCGCACUCCCUUCCAUGCCACUUUUUAACAAGUUUGUUGAACUUCACACUUUUAAAUGUUACUAUGUUAUCUCUAGUCAUGUAGAUAUGUCAGACAAAUAAAAUAAGUAUUUAGAUGUCAUCGUAUUCAUAUUUAGAUUAGUAGUUGAUUUAUAUUGUAUAUUUGUUUAGACAUUGACCAGGUGUUAGUUGUGGUUUUUCUGUAUUUCUAGGCUCUGGUUCAUGUAACUUUACUGCCAUUUAAUCACGGGAUUUGAUUUGGAAUGUUGUUUAGAUUAAAUAUCCACAUCUAUACUGUAAAUUAUGGUUAAAGUUCAUAUUUUAUUUCUCAAAAAGGGGUUGCAAAGUGCCAGUAGAGUCUGUUCAUCUUAUCUCUUUACAGUCCCUCCAUUUCACAAAAGUAAAACAAAAGAAUUCUGAGUGAAUGUUUUUUAAUUUUCUGUGGACAUUUUGGUUUCGUUUACAGAAUCAUUUCCAAAGUGCUUUAUUUUACUGUAGUGCCUGUAACACUGUAUCAUUGCCAAACACUGUCUUUUGUGCCAAAUACUGAAACUCUGUUUGAGAAAAUAAAUAUAUUUUAUUUAUUAUUA